AACAUAAAUAAAUUAUUAUAAAAAAAUUACAUAACAAUAAAUAAAUAAAUUGUAAUUAAACAAUAAAUAAUUAUUAAUUAUUAUUAAAUUAAUUACAAUUGAAUUUAUUUUUAAAAAAUGAGAAAAGUAAUUUAGCGCUUUUCAAAAUUAAGUAAAAAAAUUAGAACAAAAAAUAGAUAUUAACAAAAAAAAAAAAAAACCAUAAUAAUAGUCAUUGGCAAAAUAAAUUAUAAAAAAGUCAACGUAAUCCCUUGGCAAUUGGUCCUUACUGUGUAAUUUUUGACAAUAUAAUUACACAGCCAAAGUAUUGUUUAUUAGUAUUAAUAAAUUAUUGAAUUUAGUUAAAUUAAAAAACAAAAUUAACUAUGGCACUAAGCGUACUUAGAUCAAGAGGAAUAAAUAUUGUUCGACAAUUAGAAGCAACUCAAAUUAUUGUACAAAAAUUUAACACAAAUGAUUCAAUUAUUCGCAACUAUAGCCAGAAAGCUGACAAAGUAGGAUAUCGUUUAGAGAGAGAUACAUUUGGAGAACUCAAAGUCCCAUCUGAUAAAUAUUAUGGAGCUCAAACUCUUAGAUCUGUUAUGAAUUUUCCAAUUGGUGAUAGUUUUGAACGCAUGCCGUAUGGAGUAAUUGUUGCAAUGGGAAUAUUAAAAAAAGCAGCAGCUGAAGUUAAUAAAGAAUUUGGACUAGAUCCAAAAGUAUCAGAUGCAAUAAGUAAAGCUGCUGAUGAUGUUAUUAGUGGUAAAUUAUACAAUGAUCAUUUUCCAUUAGUUAUAUGGCAAACUGGUUCAGGCACACAAUCAAAUAUGAAUACAAAUGAGGUAAUAUCAAAUCGUGCUAUUGAACUUCUUGGUGGUGAAUUAGGAUCAAAAACACCUGUUCAUCCAAAUGAUCAUGUUAAUAUGUCACAAAGUUCAAAUGAUACAUUUCCAACUGCAAUGCAUAUUGCUGUUGCAUUGGAAAUAAAUAAAAUUUUAUUACCUGGACUUGAAAAACUUCAUGCUUCAUUAAAAUGUAAAUCUGAAGCAUGGAAAGAUAUUAUUAAAAUUGGAAGAACACAUACACAAGAUGCAGUACCAUUGACAUUGGGUCAAGAAUUUUCUGGAUAUGCAACACAAAUUGAAUAUGGUAUUUGUAGAGUUAAAGAUACUCUACCAAGACUUUAUCAACUUGCUCUUGGUGGUACUGCUGUUGGUACUGGUCUCAAUACAAGAAAAGGAUUUGCUGAAAAAACAGCUAAAAGAAUAUCUGAAUUAACAGGUUAUCCAUUUGUAACAGCUCCAAAUAAAUUUGAAGCUCUUGCAGCACAUGAUGCUAUUGUUGAAGUUCAUGGUGCUUUGAAUACACUUGCUGUAUCAAUAAUGAAGAUUGCCAAUGAUAUUAGAUUUUUAGGCAGUGGACCACGUUGUGGUUUAGGUGAAUUAUCUUUACCAGAAAAUGAACCAGGUAGUUCAAUAAUGCCUGGUAAAGUUAAUCCAACUCAAUGUGAAGCAAUAACAAUGGUUUGUGCACAAGUUAUGGGAAAUCAUGUUGCAACAACAAUUGCUGGUAGUAAUGGACAUUUUGAAUUAAAUGUAUUCAAACCAGUUAUGGUUGCAAAUACACUUAGAUCAGCAAGACUUCUUGGUGAUGCUGCUUCAGCAUUUACUAAAAAUUGCGUUGAUGGAAUUGAACCAAAUAUUGAUAACAUUGACAAAAUUAUGAAUGAAAGUUUGAUGCUAGUCACUGCUCUCAAUCCUCAUAUUGGAUAUGAUAAAGCUGCUAAAAUUGCAAAACAAGCACACAAAGAAAAAUUGACAUUAAAAGAAUCAGCAUUGAAAAAUGGAUUGACUGAAGAACAAUUUAAAGAGUGGGUUAAACCUGAACAAAUGCUUGGACCUAAAUAAAUCAUCAAUCAUCAUCAUCAUUGUGUGAUUAUUUAAUUCACUUUGUUAUAAAUAAAAAAAUAAAUAAAUUAUAAAUAUUAAAAAUGAA